AUGGCCACCGAAAUAUCCAACGCCUUCGACAAGUUCCAACAACCCGAGUAUCCCCCGGAUGAGGCUCUCGUGCGCCGCCGGGUGGAGUUGGUACCAGUAGACUCGCUUGCUACUGCAAAUGCCGCUCACACGAGCACCCCCACACCCCACAAGACCCUAAGUACCUGGGGAAACGACCCCAUCCAAGCCUCCGCCAACAUCUGGAGCGGCUCCGCCGAAUACGGCCGGGAGAUGCAGCACGGGGACAGCGUCGUCAUCACCGUGAACAGCAUCUGGUCGGCAAAGGGCCACCGCGGCAAGGGCGACAACAACAGCUUCAACCUGUGGAACGCGCGCGGCGAGAUCGCGCUGCAUCUCUCCUUCCGGCGGCACGACCAGUCCAUCCGGAUCAACGCAUGGGGGUCGAGCAGCGGGUGGGGCGACGAGCUGUGGGCGGCGUUCCCGGAGAACCUCGUUGACGAAAAGACGCCGCUGAACAUCGGGGUCUCGUAUUAUUCGUCGGGGAGCUAUGGGGUGCAUUUUGGGGCGCUGGGGAUGGGGGAUGUGGAGGUUGACGCGUAUGAGGCGCCGGAUUCGUUUACGUAUCGUGUUUCGGAUACCAAUGAUCCGAUGUUUGGGGAGAGUGUUGACACGGCCAUGUAUUACUGA